AUGACUACUCUAGGGUAUGGUGAUAUUACACCCAAAACAGAGAUUGAAUAAGUUUUUGCUACUUCAGUUGGUCUCCUUAGUACAGUAAUAUUUGCGUUUUCAGUAAGUUUAAUAGGUGAAAUUCUAAAAGACAUUUCUAAAAGAAGUAGCGAAUUCAGAUCGUAAAUGGGAAAAAUUGAAACUUAUUUAAAUAAGAGAAAGCUUAAUUAAAAACUCAAAGUUAAAGUAAGAAAAUAUUUUGGGUAUUUAAAUAAAGAAUAACAAGAAGACACUAAUGAAGGAGUUUAAUUGCUGUAGAAAUUAGCCUCUUCUUUAAAAGAAGAAGUGUUUAUUGACAUGUACGGAAGAUUGCUAAAAUCAAAAAAACUCUUCGACCUGCACUUCAGCUAAAGAUUUUUAAACCAACUAGCUUUAAAAAUGAAAGAGAUGAGAUUCGGUCCUGAAGAAAUAAUUUUUAGAGAAAGUGAUCCAGGAAAUAAAAUGUAUUUCAUUUUAAAAGGAGAAGUUUAAAUGAUGCUUAACAUGAAGUAAGAGAGCCAAAGUUAUCAUAAUCUUUGUAAUUUAAAGGAAGGUUAAAUUUUUGGAGAAAUUGAGUUUUUCAGUGGUUAAACAAGGGAAAAUUGUGCUCGAGCUGUUAAUGUUACAGAUUUGGUUUAUGUAGAAUAUGAUGAUUUUAUUGAAACCGUUAAACUAUUCCCAGAAGAUUAUGAAUAGGUUUUAUAAACUAAAGAUAAUCUUAAUUUGUAUCAAAAAUCUAAGGGUUUAGAUCAUAAAUGCUUUAGUUGCUCUAGCUACGAUCAUAGAUUAAAAUAAUGUCCUCUUGUCAAUUUUAUACCAAAUAAAGUCAAGAUUUUACACAACUUUAACCUAGAUCACUAUUAGGAAAGGAGUAACUAACAGCAAAGAAAGGACUUUAGAUCUCAUAAAACUUUAAAGCAAGCUCAAUACUUAAAAUAAUGUGUUAUGAGAUUGCAUUUUAAAUUGUAUAAUGAACAAUUGUAAAAUGAAUUUGAAAAUUCACAAUUUGAUUUUGAGGGUUAUUCCGAUGAAAACUCGAUCGAUUCUUAUCCUAGUGUCUAUCAAUAAAAUUCUCAAUAAGUUGUUUAAAAAUAAAAAAGUACAGCUAUUGAGAAGGGAUUUAUUUUAAAUAACAGCUUUAUUGCAGCAGAAACACCAAAGCACCAACAAAGACUAUCUAAAUUAAACACUCUUUUAUUGAGAGGGGCAAGCAAGCAUUUUAGCAGAAGUAGUACUAAUAAAGCUGGAAUUUCCUGGUCUUAGAAUGAGCAUAACAGUAAUGGUACUCAUGCUUGUUUAAAAUAAGAUAGUAAGUCUAAAUUUUACAAAUAGACAAAUUUCAAUACAAAAGUUAACUCUGAUGAUUACUAAUUUAAUUAAUCCCCUUAAUAAAAAUCAAUAAAGCUACAAAAUGAUUAAAAGGAAAAUCAUUAAUCUCAAAAAAAUGAGUAUGUUAUGACAAAAACGGAAAUGCCAUUUAUUGCAUCUCCUCCAAUCAGCAAUAUACACAAUAAAUCUAUGAAAGAAGAAUUUCAAAAUGAUGAUUACAACAAUCUUAAUCCUUAAAUGAAUAUAUUGAGUAACUAAUUUAAUGAAAAUUUUCAUAAAUAAAAUUUAAAGAUUAAAGAAAACUAAAUGUUGAAUCUUAUUAAAAUUCAUUUAAGGAAGAAAACAAAUCAAGUAUUAAAGAUUCAGAUUACAAUUUUAAACAAGAAACAAAUUAUUUUUAAAAUUCAUAAAAAUACUUGA